UUGUUGCUGCCUUAUAAUUGCUCCUGCCUGUUAGCUCAGAGAAAAGUAAACAAGUUCUGGCAAGUAUGGAGGAGGAUCAGGCCCACGUGGUUCUGGAUGUCAACAUGGAGCCUGUUGCAAGCAUGUCUUGACGAAAAGCAUGGCUCACUCUGAAAACAAAAGGCUAAUAUUUGGCUUAAUGGCAGGGGCUGCUGGAAUAACUUUGGUUGUACUCUGGUAUCGUAAAAUACGGGAACCCAGGAAAGCUGUACAUUUGCCCACAUUUCCGAAUUCAGAGAAGAGUUUUGAUUUAAUAGAUUUUCCAUAUGAUGCUCACAAUGAACAAGGAACAAUGAUGCUCCUGCAAGGAAGACAGCUUCAGAUACUUGAGAAACUGAAUGGCUUACUGGUAAAUGUGGACGAACUUAAAAAAGAGGUGAAAAUUUUGAAAGAAGCUGUUCCAAAGUUGGAAGAACUUGUUCAAAAUGAACUCCAAGGCAAAACAGAUAUUCAGAGGACCAGUCCUUUACACAGGGCAACAAAGAAGAGGAAGGUUGAGGCAACUCAGGGCAUGACGGACACCACCAGUUCUGAAGAGGCAGAAAGUGAAGGCGGUUACAUGACAGCUCAUACUGACACUGAAGGAGAAUCUGAAGAAGAAAAGGGAUGGAUCAAUUCUUCCACAACCUCUUUGACACCAGAAGAGAAAAUAGAUCUCUUUAAUCUUCUGCAGGAGAGCGACAGGUUGCAUUCUGGUUCAGAUAAUGACAAAAGAGAGAGCUUCAAACUCUUGCUUGAAAAUGAAGAAAAGUACAGAAAUUGUGCUGGCUUUCUUUGGAGACUUGCCCGUGCUUAUGGUGAUAUGUUUAUGUUAACUACUGAUGCUGAAGAAAAAAAGAACUACGCUUCUGAAGGAAAACUUGUAGCUGAGAAUGCUAUCAGCCUGGAUUCAUCAGUCGCUGAGAGUCACCAGUGGUUUGCAAUGAUGUGUGGCUACAUGUCUCAGUUUGAAAGCAUACAGAACAAAAUCAAAAAUGGCUAUCUCUUUAAGGAACAUCUAGACAAAGCAAAAGAGCUUAAGCCUCAAGACCCAUUUUUGUAUUAUCUCACUGGAAGAUGGUGCUAUGAAGUGGCUCAGUUGUCUUGGAUUGAGAAGAAAGUAGCUGCUGCUCUUUUUGGGACUCCGCCAACUUCAACAAUACAUGAGGCUUUGCAGAAUUUUCUCAAGGCUGAAGAAAUUCAUCCUGGAUAUUCUAAAUAUAAUUAUGUCUAUAUAGCAAAGUGCUACAAAGACCUUGGACAGAGGAGCAAUGCCCUGAAGAGCUGUGAAACUGCACUGUCAAUUUUGUCAGUCACCAAAGAGGAUGAAGAGGCUGAGAAAGAUUUAGAAACUUUACUUCCAUCUCUGAAGCUGUGAUGAAGACAAGAAGAAGCACUUUUGAUUAUGUUUUGAUUCAGUGGAAGAAUGCUGGGAAUUUCAGUCCCAGCUGUCAAAGCACACUUGUCGAGUUGGAAUUUAUAUGAUGAAUAGGAUUGGGGAAGAUAAUCCUAAAGAAGGAACUUUAAUGCUGAAGUUAGAAAUGCAAAUGAAAAAAAUGAUGGGAUGGUAUUGUCUUAAGCCCACAACCCGUCAAAUCAAGUUUCUUCAAGCCCAGUAAGAAAGGGACAGCAGGUGCUUCUGUGUAAUGAGUGUCAUAUUCUGAACAGGACUGUCUUCCACAACACUACAAAUAUCUUUAAGAUGGGUUUCUUAAGGCAUUCAAAUACUCCGACUGGAAUCCUGUUGGGGCUUUAUGCUUGUGUAGCUAGCCUUUUGGGCAAGUAGUUGGACUUUUUACUACCUUGUAUAAGGGAGUCUCUCAGACCUCUUUGUACAAGCAAUUCUCUUGGUUGCACAACAGUUCAUGGUGCUUCUGGGAAGAUCCACAAGCACAACUCAGCCCUCUCCCUGCCAGUCUUGGUUUCCUUUCUGAUCCUACAGAGUUAUACCAACAUAGCAUUAUUAUGUGCCAGCUCCCAAAAGAAUUUCAGCCACAGAUUAAUUGUGUGGUGACAUGUGAAAAGCUAAGUAGCAACUGCAUAAACUUAAAAAAAAUAUCAUGUAUUUAAGACAUUGGCCUGAAGAAAAUACAGCUGGCUCAUAAAUGAGCUUUAAAUACUUUUUAUUUCCUUAGCAGGAGAGCUACAUAUGGGUUCUCUGGAGCAGGACACCUUUGUGAUAUGUCAUCCCUUUCAUUCUAAUUGAGUUAAAGGUUGUAAAUUCUGGCUCUGGAGGAAUGGUGUCAAGGAACAUAUGACAGGGAAAUCAUGAAUUCUUUUCUUUUUAAAUUCAUAGUGUCUAUUUUGCUAAUUUAAGCUUUUAAAUCUUGGACAGAAUCUUCAAAAAUGGAAUCCACUGCUGGCAAUGGAUGCCUUUGUAGAUGGUAAUGGUAGGUGUGAAUUGUGUGGAGAAUGGAUAACUAGUUAGAUUUUCUGUCUUUCAGCAAAUAUAUGUACAGUGUGCCCUUUUCUUACACGGGAGAUCCGCUCCGGAUUCCCCCCACCCCCGCGUAAAGAAAACAUGUGUAUGCUGGAGCCCCACUAGAAGUAAUGGGGCUUGUGCCCACAGUGCGCCCCAUUACUUCUGGGUGUUCCAAGGCUUCUUCCAGCGCAGGCUUCCAGCAUAUGCUGGAAGCUACAUAUGUACAGCUUUCUGAUGGACAGAUAUGGGAGGAAGUGAAUUGUGUGUGUAUGUUUCUUUGCAUUUUGCUUCAGAAAGUAGAGCUUUGGUGGGAGAAAUGCACUUCAAGACACCACUUCAGUCUCUGGAUUACAAAUAGCAAUACAAUAAAGACUUUAUAAAUGUGGUA